AUGGCACCACCCAACAACACAUCGGGAAUGGAGUUUGAGGUGUUCCUGAGUUUUAGGGGACCGGAUACUCGGGACAACUUUACUAGUUGCCUCUAUUAUGACAUGGUCGAGAAAGGAAUCCGCGUCUUCAAAGACAACGAAGAGCUCCGAGUCGGUGAGCAGAUUGGUGGAAAACUUCUGCAAGCCCUUGAUGACACUCAAAUCUAUAUUCCCAUCUUCUCUAAGGGCUUCGCUUCCAGUGUAUGGUGCCUCCGUGAGGUUGCGCAUAUGGUAGAUUGCACUUCAAAGUCGAAUGGGAAGAAAGAGAUCCUCCCCCUGUUCUUUGAUGUGAAGCCGGAUGAUGUCAAGCUCAGAACUGAAUUGUACAGUAAUGCCUUGUCUGAGCAUGAGAAGAAGUAUGAACCCGAUGAGGUGAAGCGCUGGAAGGCUGCUCUUCGUGAGGUUGCAACUAGACUAGGUUGGAAGCGGGAUGGGAAAGAGUAA